UUAGCGCAGAAUCAACGUGGCGUUGGUGCACUCCGCGCGCAACUCUCUCUCUUUCCACGUUCACGGUAGAAAGAAGAAGCCACCGAGAACGAACGCCGAGGGAGCCUCUUUGUGUCCCCUGUUCCUCGAGGCGUUGGGCAGUCUUCUGUUCCGUAACUACUUCGCAGGUGCGCGCUUCUGUGGUCUAUGGCCGGCAGCACGAAGCUUCACGACGCAGUGCGCCACGACAGAUGCCGGCUCAUCGCUCGGCUCGUUGCCGAAGGCACCCCCGUGGACGCGGUGGACCCUAGCGGCAACUCGGCGCUGUUCGUGGCCAUCACCGAUGGACCCGUCAGCGCCGUCCCCUACCUGCUGCAGGCUGGCGCUGACCCGAACUUCCGAUGCAGCGGGGGCGCCACUCCAGUGCACGCGGCGUGCCGCCGGGGCAGCCGGGGCCUCCUGCAGCAGCUGCUGGAGUGUGGCGGGGACCUGCGGCUGCGCGACGCCUCGGGCCGCACUCCACAGGACUGGGCGUUGGGACACGCUGACCCGCAGUGCCGGCGCAAGCUGGUCGCCUUCAUCAACACCAAGCGCGCGCUGGCGUACCGGUUCGGCGACGCGGCUGCCCUGCUGGACGAUGACGCGGCGGGUGGUGGGACCGGCGUGGAUGGCUCGCCUGGCAGAGGGGGCGCAGCGGCAGCCGCCUCAUUGCGCCGGCGCCUGGUCGGUCGGCCCACGGCGCCCCGCAGGCCCUGGUGCGGCGAGAGGAUCCGCGCUGACGGAGGAUUCGGGGUGGUGUACUGCAGCCCCGCCCGUGAGACUGGUGUCACCACAUUUGUGCCAUUUGUAGCAAGCAACUACCUGUACAACUCUGAGGACAACAACAUCACCUGGAGUGGGCCACAGUCGCUCAUGCAGACCAUGUACUGGGACAAGCUAAAGGUGUCUGUGAAGAAAUCCUCACUCAACGGCAGCCACAGUCGGGGACCCGGCUCUGACAUCCUCAUCACCGAGCUGGAGAAGAUCCGCCGGCUAAGCUUUCACCCGUACCUGCUGUGGCCACUGGCUGUGAGCCCCGUGCAGAACAUGGAUGACAUGCUACACACGCGAGACAGAUUCCACUUCGGCAGCCUCUUCGACGUCCUGCACAAUGCACAGCACCUCCUGGCCCGUGGGCCCCUCGACCACAGUCGUUUGCUCCUCGUGUUGCAGCAGACGUGCGAGGCGCUGCUUUUCCUGCACAGCAGGCACUGGGUGCACGGAUGUGUGUCCUCGCACUGCAUCUACGUGGUGUCACCGUGCCUCGGAAAGCUCGGAAACUUUGAGUUUGUGCAGCGCAGUGAGGAUGCGGAGGGUGGUGAUGCAGCCUCGUACAGUCCACCUGGUGACGACUUCCUUGAUUUCUACUGCCACUGGCUUGCCCCCGAGGUGCUCACUGGCGCUCGUCCCACCAAAACGGCCGACCUCUACGAGUUCUGUGGUGUCCUGUGGGAGCUCUUCACUGAGGAAGUGCCAUGGGGCUCGGCCGAGCGUGCUGCAGUGGAGUGCGCAGUUACGCAGGAGCGCCGAGGACUGUCCCACCGGUCGGAGAUCCCACCGCCACUGGACACAUUGGUGCACACAGCCCUGGCACUGGACCCGGCCGAAAGGGUCACCGACCUCGAGGAUGUGUACCAGGCGCUGGCUGCCACUGUGCAGGAGGGCCAAGGCAACAUGGGCUUUGCCGUCGGGCGGUUGGAGCAGGUAGGCGACACAUGCCGAAUCAAGUCGACGCCUGGCAAGCCACUUCCGUCCCGUCAGGCCUCAACCAUCGAAGUGGAGCAUGCCAGCUUAGUUCACCGGCCGACCGCGAUAAGGCUGCGUGCGCCCUCCACUGUCGCAGAUGACGUGUCAGACACUGUGGAAGAGCUGAUCUCCCUUGCGGAUGAGGAGAGAGUGGCCCCCCUGCACCGCACUCCACCCCGGCGGCCCAGUCGGUCACAGCCACCGCGGGGAGGCUUUACUGCCACUGCGGCGUCGGCUCAGGCGGACUUGCUGGGCAGCAAGUUUGACCAGAUAUCGCUCUCCUCCAGCCUGGACCCGAUGGACUUUGCUACGGACUUGCCCAAGGUGCCCACAUUCUCGUCAAGGCCUGUGGACAAGCCCUCCUAUGAGGCAUGCACUCAGACAGAUCCAGAGACCCCGCCGACACUGCGACCACGCACCAGGGGCUUUGUGCCCGGAACCAGACCGACAUCGGUUGGCAACCUGAGGGCUUCGUCACAGUUCUCGGAUAACCUGCUGCUCGGCGCGGAAGAAGUGCCCGCCAAGGCAUCCUCGGCAAAGGUCGUCCAGCAGCCGGCUGCUGUGACGGCACAACAGCAGCCCCUGCAGCAGAGCGUGAUCGGCGUGCGGCGAACGGUGCGCCCCUGCAAACCGGCCAGCCACUCGUACGGGGUGUCGCCGUUCGUGCAAGGAGGCACCAGCCGGAUCAUCUCCUCUGCAAGCACCCAGCAUCACCGCACCACGAUGGACUCGUCCACCAGCACGUACAACACUGCGCAAGCUGAGCUGUCCAACCAACAGCAGCAGCAGUGGCAUGUGCGUCAGGGCAUUGUGGAAACCCGCCACCGUCAGCAUACCUCAUUUGCCACCAGGGGUACCAAUGUGUGCCGUGUGGAUGACGCCAUCCUUGAGGGCCUUGGAGAUGGCGAGCGAUACCACAAGGAGCUGGUGGGCCGCUCUGUGUGUGCCGAGACCACUUCACAGCCCAGGAAGCUUGAAGAGGAGGAUAAGACACUGGUGGCCGACUUCUCUCUCCCUUCUGGGCUGGCGAUGAUGGGCGACGACGUUGCCGAUAGCAGUGAGGUGAAGUCGGUGCAAACGGAACCCCACCAUGCAUACAAGGUGGAGGUGGUCACCAUGACGUGCCCGGUGAUCCAGCACACACUCACGGUCACCAGCACCAACUUGCUGACGGGCGAGACCACCGUGACCGAGGAGUCCACUGGUGCCGAGAUGGUGCAGGUCCAGUGGAACCCCGACCAGAUCAAUAUCACUACACCCGACACCAGCCUCAACUCGUCAGCUGGUGCCACUGGAGUGCCUGACGUCUCGCCAGCCACGGCACCACCAGCACCGCCGCAUGACUAGUUUGCACAUGCGCCUGUUGUCAUGUGUCCUGUGCUUGCAAUUAAAACUGCCAUUUCAUUGCCUUUGAAGA